GAAACAAGGAAUAUUUCAUUCGUUUUAGAAUAAAUAUUCGUAUUUCUGCUAAACUUUCUUCAUGCACCAUACUGUAUUUAUGUGAGUGUGUGCAUUUGUAUGUUCAUUGUUCACUUUAUAUCAAAUUCCCAAAUAUGAACAUUUUUAGUAAACAGUAACCAUUUUUAAGUAAUUUGAAUAUUCAUACGGGUUAUCAACGUUAUCAUCACGUCUGUGGUUUCUGUUGAUUCCAAAUAAUCAAGGUUGAGAUUCUCCAAUUGAUCAUGAACAGGUAGCUGAAAAAAAUUCAUCCCACCCAAAGAAACUGACUGGAUCUUAGUUGUUCACGAUCAUUACAACCGAAGAAAUUUCAGUUACAUACUGUCAGUCUUACCCAGUGACGUGAUUUGUUAUUUCAGCCCUGCAAAUGAUUAACACAAAGUAGAUCUUUAAUUUGUUAUCCAUUGGAAAUUUAUGGCUGUGAUCACCAAAACAAAAAUAUUGUAUAUCAGUUGGUAAUUAUCUAGUAGAAAGUUGGAAUAUUUGAUUGUACAUGUGAAAGAUUGAUUAAAAAUUGUAUACUUAUAUGCAUAUCAGUUCAAGAGCAGUGAGUUAAAGUGAAGCCAUAGUAAUUAUCAUUCGACACAAUAUAGUUAUUUUGGUAUAGCAAACGUCAAACAUCAGUUAUGCGUGAGAAGUCGUUAUUGCACAUGUUUCAAGGGACAUUUCCUCAACUGAUAGCUGUCCUCACAGGAACAAUAGGAGCAAUUUCCGAUGGAAUGCAUUAUGGAUGGACUGCUCCUGUUUUGCCAACAUUGGAAAGUAAUAGUUCCCACAUUCACUUACAAGAAAGGGAUCACAUAUGGUUGGAGACUAUUUACAUGAUUGGUGGAAUUACUGGUUUACCGAUUACCAUCUUCGCCGUGGAUACAAUAGGAAGAAAGGGAUCUAUCAUUAUAUCGGCAUUCAUGGCUUUAGUUUCUUGGAUACUAAUAGCUGUUGCAGACAGUACAUUGUUUUUGUACAUCGCAAGAUAUAUAAUCGGUUUAUCAGGGGAUGUGGCGUUUGUAGCAGCUCCCAUGUAUGUUGCUGAAAUAGCAGAUAAAAAAAUUCGGGGAUUCUUAGCAGGAAUUAUAUACUUAAUGAUGCUAUUGGGAAUACUAAUAAUUUAUGCAGUAGCACCUUAUGCACCAUUCUAUGUACCAAGUAUUGUGGGCUCUGUGAUAGUAAUUAUCCAAUUAAUUACCUUUCCCUUCAUGCCUGACAGCCCUUACUAUUUGAUAUCAAAAGGUAAGGACGAAAAAGCUAAGAGACAUCUCCAGAGAUUAAGAGGUAGUGAUGAUGUAGAUAAAGAACUUAAAGAAAUAACUGCUGCUGUUAAUAGACAAAAAAGUGAGAAAGGAAGGCCUCAAGAUUUAGUUUUAAUUGCAAGUAAUAGAAAAGCAGUUAUUAUAAUGGUGAUAUUGAAUGCCGCUCAACAUUUUAGUAGUAUAAGUGUGAUGCUAAUGAAUUUGCACGAGAUUUUAAUGUCAGCCGAUUCAAUAUAUAUGAGAUCACAAAACGCUGGGAUACUAUUCGCGGCACUUAUGCUUCUUUCUGCUACAAUAGCUGAUUUCGUUGUAGACAAAUUUGGUAGAAAAUAUCUUCUUACUAUUUCAAGUUUAUUAACAGGACUUUGUUUAUUAGUAUUAGCUGUAUAUUUUACUUUUAAAAAUUGUAAUUAUGACAUCUCAGGUGUGUCUUGGAUACCAAUUGUGACUGUGAUGGUAUAUGCAGCUGUUUUUAAAUUUGGCUUAGGUAUAAUUCCCAUUGUAAUGACUGCUGAGCUUUUUCCUGCUAAGACGAAAGCAAUGGGAAUGACGAUAGCUGAUUGUGCCUACGUAUUUUUCGCCUGGAUAUCUAUAGAGAUAUACCAAAGGCUUUCUACGGCCUAUGGACAUGAAGUUCCUUUCUAUAUUUUUGCGGCCUCUUGUAUCCUUACUGCAGUUUUUGCACAACUUUACAUUCCAGAAACAAAAGGAAAGACCUUGGAAGAAAUUCAAUUUAUUCUGAAAGGAGUGCCUUUUCCACUGAGAAGUAACAGUUUAAGAUCAGAGUCUUUAUCUUUUCAUGCAACAUUAGAUAAUAAAGACAAUAAAAUUAAUAGUACACCAGAAAAAAACAGUAAUGAAAAGAGUGGAGUUUGAAAUCAUAUCAUCAAUCAAAAGAAAAAUUGAAUAUUUACGAUGUUCAGCUAAAAUUUACUGAAACACAAAAAUACAUAUCAAAUAUCAGUUCAUUUCUAAAUAAGAUGUUAUUUAGAAAAUGAACAACCAGAUUUCCGUUAAUUUAAUUUACUACCAUUAGUUUCGAAAGUAAAUGUAAUGGAUUGCAGAUCGAAGUCAAAUUUUUGUGAAGUAUUUGCUACCUUGUCUGAAAUUACUUUGUAACCCUAAUUAACAACUGGUGCUUAUAUUACUUUUAAUUAACAUACAAAUGUUAGCGUCAUGAUUCUUUAUUCUUAUUGUUUUAAUUUAGUUGCUGAUGCUCAAGGGGUUGAUUUCUUAAUAAACCAAUAACAUACAAAUUUGACAAUAUAACUUUGAAAUUAAUGAAAAUACCCCAUAACACUUUGUUUUAAAAGUUUUAUGUAUCAGACAUUCCUUAUAAUCUCCAAUGUUUAAAACACCUCUACUGUCUAGCCUUGCUGACAAACAUUUGUUAUAGAAAUUUUUCGGGGUAGGUGGUAUAUGAUAAAUAUUCAACUUUGCUUCUACCACUGAAGUACCUUGGUUUGAUAAAAAAUUGCUCAAGUUUACGUAACACGUAACAUACACAUUAUGUUGAUAGGAAAUUUUGUGUUCUCUCUGCACUUUUUUUCAAUUGGUUAUAAUUAUUUUAAUAAUUAUUUCAUAUUACCAGUUAUUUCACUCUCAAAACAUGUAACUUAUUGCUAAAGAAUAUUAGGUUAAUAAAUUUCUAUCAAAUAACAUGUUAGAUCUCAUAAGCUAUAUAAUUUGGACCUUACCACAAAGAAUUUGAGUUUUUGAUAGAUAUCAAUAAGUUAACUUACAUAAUCCGAAAUAGUUCCAAAGUUUUCUCUAUUAUCAAUUUAUAAAUAUGAGUUAGGACCGAGUUAUCCUAAAUUAUUAUUGAAAAUACAAACUAUAUUAACUCAAUCUCCAAUAUAAGCAUUUUUCUCCGAUUUUGGGCAAAUUUGUAGCUCUAAUCAAAACUGUUAGCUCAAUAAAUUGUCACUAGAAAUUCAGAAGUAACAUUUCUAACCAUUUUAUUAUAUUAUAGCAUUUCAUUUCAAAUUCUAGAGCAUCUACAUAAAAUGAAAUGAGUAGAAGUAACCAAAGUUGGCGUUACAUAUUUUCUAUUGCACUGGUUAUUUCAUAUAUCUGAUCUGUCAUUUACACCUUGUGUAUGACGUACUGAAAGCUUAUUAUAUUUCUUAGAACUAAGUUGGAGUUUCUGGAACCGUUGACGAUAUUCAUACUGAAUAUACAGUUUACCUUCAGUCUCUGAAAACGAUAACUUGGUUAUCGAAACGCGCAGUAUAAUUGUUUAGUGUUGGUGUAGUGGUGGUGUAAACAGUUUAUUCAAUAUUUCUUAGAAGAAAAAUCAAUAUUAUUUGGGAUACACGAGAGAAAUCACACAUUUUCCCCUUUCCAGUAAAGAAUUUUAUCCAAAUAGCAAAAACAAUUUAAACUGUCUUGGUACUUGCAUAGAGCUUCUACAGAGUGGGUUAUAGAAAAAAGUCUAUCCCGAUAUUUGAAAGUAUUCAUUAGAUUAUAAAGAAAAGCUGGAACAGAUCGAUUUUUGCUCUAAAGAAGAUACACUUUUUCAACACAGAGAAUUGUCAUUUGUCAACCCACUCUCUUCAACUUCGCCAACCCUUUAUUUUUAAAUAGGGACCAUACCAUGUGUAGCACCACAUGCAGUUAGAAAGAGUAUUCAUACAUAUGAUCGUCCAUGAUUUUUUUUAUAUUUAAUGCGUAUUGGUAUUAAUUAAUUUGAAGCGCAAGUCUAUUAAAAAUGAAACGCACCGCCUGAGGUUUGCUAAUUGGUGACAUGAAACAAUUAGAACAAUAGGAUAAUUUAUUGUGAUGUAACGAAAAUUAUCUAAAGUUGUGACACAUAGAACUAUUAGUGAAUGAAAGGUUCAAACGGUGUCAUCGAAUGAAUCGUGUGAAGUAUUGCAGACCAUUCAAUAACGCCUAAUCCAUUUUCUACGAAACUCCUGCCCACACGUUCUAAUUUUGAGGAUAUCGUGAAUGUGUGUAGUGGAAUACUUUUUUGUUCAACUCACUCAAAACAACUGUGUCAAUAUACAAAUAAAACAUUCAUCCGAAAAAAAAAAACUAAAUUAAAAGUUAUAUUGUACUAUAUUGUAUAAUCUCACAAAACUCUAAUACAUGUGAAUCACGAAUUGCUUUUUCCAUGAAGCUGAUUAAACACAUUCCCUCUUCUUCUUGUUUACUUCUAGUUUUCAAACAAUAUCAACUUGUUCUGCAAUAGAUUAUACCAUAUUGGAAGUAUUCGAAAAAUACCAACAUUCAUUUACUAAGAACAACUUUAAACGAAUUACUAAUUUGUUUUUAUUCACUUUUAUUAUAACAAACUUGCACAAACUAAUUAACUUUGAAAAGUCGAAAUAUAUAUAAAAAAAUAUCAUAGACCAUCAUUAUGUCACGCAAAAGUCGACGUGUUUCGGCACAUAUCGAGGUGGAUUAUUUUUUGUAACCCACUUUGUACAUGUUUUAUAAUUAUAGUACAUCUUAAUCUUAAUCAAAACCAUGAUUUACUAACAUUAAGUUUAACAGAAGAAGAAUACUUUCUCAUCAUUUUUCUUAUUGAAAAGUUUUUAUAAAUUAAAUAUCUGAUUUUCAGUGUUUUUAGCUUUAGUGAAAAAAUUUUAGAAAUAAGUGCCUUUUUAAAUAUUAAUUGAAUGUUGAAUAGAAAUUAAUACUGUUAUUUAAUGAAAAAAUCAAACAGACAAUCACAAUUCAACACUAAUGUGACUAAUCAUCCGCAUUGCCUUUAAAAGUUUGGAAUCACGAUUUGGGGAAUUUGUUUGGGGUUCUGAAAAAGUAGAUAACAACGCACGCUCACUUUUCAUCUGAUUUUACCUAUAUUAGUACUUUUCGUUCAUCAUCUAAUCAUUUCACAUAGCUGCCCUCAGCAUUUUUCAAUCUCUUCUCCGCCAAAUUCAAUCAUCUAGAAUCUGCGUGUUUUGUUAAGUCCUCCAUCCAUCUCAUUUGUGGUUUUAUUGGUAAAGCGUGUGCGUAUUUGUGUACUUCUGCACUAGCUAGGGCACAGUGAUCGCAAAAAUGAAAUGUUUUAUGGACACAUGUGAGAUACUAUAUAUAAUAAUAUAGUAUAGUCAAUGUCGAUCUAAUAGUACUAAAACUAGUUUCUGUUCCGCGGUUAUACUAUCUAUAAUAUGUGCUUUAACUGACACUUAUAAAUAAAUGAAAAAAUCCGACAGCUCUCGUAGCAGAAAUUGUGUCAGUUUGGCCGCAUAUCAAAUUAGAAUGUCGCUUCAAAAAUCAACUAAGUCUGUCUUCAUCCCACUUUUAGCAUUAAGUUAGAUUCCCAAUUAUUUAUUUCACUUAGUUGAUGAUCUAGUUAAACCGAAGAAUCCUACUUGAGAUUUUGUAUUGAAAUCAUUAUCGUGCUCUUUUCUUAACACUUUUUAUAUAUUUUCAAUAGUUGUUCCGAAUUCUGUAUCUAAAUUUGUCUUCUAACAAUAACAAAUCCCAUCUUUUCAAAAAUAACUGCUCAUAUCAACUAUUUUCCUUUUAUAAUUUCAACCGUCUUGACUGACUGAAAGAACUAACUGCUCCUGGGGUUGAUCGUUUUUCAUGAAAUUAAAAUCAAUUAAAAGAUAUGGUAAAAUUAUGAGUGGAUAUUCGAUGAAACUACAGAAUCUAUUCUAUUAUUAAACCUUUAAAUGCUUUUGUUAUGAAAGUAGUUGACUGCUUAAAAAUAGCCUAAUAUAAAAACUCUAAUAUCUAUUAUUACGGAUAUAAAAUGCUAUGUGAUAGUUGUUCCUCCGAACUUAAAGACUGAAGUUCUUAGGUGCUUGGCAUUCGUCACUUUACGAUAUACUGUACUUCUAUGCCGUUAUAACUUUUUGAAGUAAAUUUGUACGUUGAAAAAACUGAUCUAGAGUAUCCCUAACAUUCUGAUAAAAUUAUAUGUAAUCUGAAAAAAUAUUUUUUAUCAAUUGCAGAUUAAUUUUGUGUGUAUGUGUAUGGAGUAUGGAUGGCCUUACAAUAAAGCUAUAGGACACAGACAUUUUUUGUACGUAAUGAAUAAGCAUGAUUUCAAGAACUUUUCUUGCUUCCUUGAUGAAGUUUAUUAUAGUAUCUACAGUAGCUUUAUUUACGCAUGCCAGGAGAGAGGUAAUAUUUAAUGGGAGAGGAAAGUUACAGUAAAUCAAAGAAAUAUAGAAAUUAGAUAUAGCCGCUUCUUUUUUCUUGCACUAUAGAAAAAUAUUAUUAGUAUCACCGAUCGAUGCGUUGUUGUAACUGCAAAAUGGCGACUGUAGAAUAAACAAUUUAUGAAGGUGCACCGGAAAACAACCAUGAUUUAAUUCAAUUCGCGUUAUAGUUGCUAUUUUACGAUAAUCAAAAUUUGUUAUGUGUGUGGAAUGCUAUUUGUCAGAUUGAGAUAAUGCUGUUUUGCUGAAGUUCUUAUAAUCUUCUCUUCAUCUGAUUCCAAUAGAUUUUUUAUGCUUGCUAAUUACAUCAGCUUGACAGAAAAAGCUCAAGUACUCUUCCUAUUUGCAAGCUUCUUUUGCCUCAUGAUCUACAUUCUCCGCUGUGACAUUUUACCCAUAAUUGGAUAAUUCAUUUGUUUUUAAUUUUUAAUUGAUACAAUUGAUAGUAAUAGUUUUUUAAUCUAAAAUCAAUUCCUUGUUAUAAGUAUUUAUUGCGAAUUCAUUUUAUAUCGAAUAUUUUAUUUCACUAUAUACAUUGUAUUUCUUGAAACUGCAAAUUUACUUGACAGUAUUUUUAGUUGAUUUUUCAUGAAGUGAAUCGAUUACAAAACUAAUAACGUAAUUCUUAUAUCACUUCCAGCCUAUUGAAACUACAUAAAUAGAUAAAAUUUUCGAUGGCUUAUCCCUCUGAUAUACAAUUUUUCAUAAUUAUUUGCUGAUUAGUUUUAUUUUUAAAAAUUAAGUAAAACUUAAGAUAUACCUAUCGAAAUGUGUAGACAAAUUCAAAGCUACAUUAUAUUUAAAUAAAUUUUAUCAAUUCGCUCUUAUUGUUUCAAUUGAAAUGCAAUUGAUGAAUCAUAAUAUGUAAAUAUCUCAGCUUCAUACUGUAUCAAAAUUUAAUUUUUUAUAUGAUAUUAAGAUGCCUGCUGGCAUAAAAUUUUAGGAAAAGUAUAUUCUUUGAUAUCAUGAUAACAUAUAAUCAUACCUCAUCAAAAAAUGUUUAGAAUCUGGGCCCAACAGCAAAAUCUUUCCAUUUACUUAGACACAAACUAGAGCAUCAUCUAGCUCAUGCGUGUGUUUCAUUUCCUUUGCUUUGCAAAAUACCGCUCUAAUUCCGUACCUGUUUUCGCCAGCUAAUUUCUCAAAAAGGAAAAAAUUGUGGAUUUCAAAAGGAAACUGUGGAUAGUUUAUUAAGAAUUAUGACAGAAAAGAUAUAGAAGCAACACUCAUAGAAAGAAAAACAUUUUUAGUAAAUUAUCCAAUUUUAUAUAAUCUUAUAAUUAUUUCCUAAUGAUGUUUGUUAAAUACUAUUUUGGAUUCAUAUCGAAAAUGAGAAUUUCAUUAAUUAAUUUUGAUUUGAAUUAAUUAAUUGUGAUAUAUAUUUACCAUCUAACGUUUAAUUUUAUGGGACGUAUUGCUCAUAAUGGCAAAUAUUUAUCCAUUACAACUUUUUCAUAGAAAAAAUAUUUUCGAAGACUCCCAACAAUAUCUAUUAUUUAAUAAUUAUUCAAAUUAGUUAUUAUAAAAUAGGCCAGAUUAAACUCUUGUUAUUAUCUGUUGAUACAGACUAUUUCUUUCACAUAGAAAAGUUUAUAGCACAUUUUGCGCGAAUAGAAGUACAACCUGUAAGUUGUCAUAGUUUACCGUUUGAGCUAUUUGUUUAUGGAAGUCAUAUAAUUGUAUCCAACAGGUGCAAAUUCAAAACGUAACUGAUAACCAGAGCGUUGGAAAAAGCCAGAGCAGUGGUCCACCGAAAUAGCGAUGCGGGCAAAAACUAGAAAUAUAUAUACAGUGAAACUUCGAAUUGUCAUAUGACGAGUUAUCAAAAAAUAAGUAUACAUAUUUUUAUUUACUUCAAAUAAAAAUUAAUGCAUUAUUUCAGUAAAAAUGCAAAUCUACACCCAUAUAUAUAUUAAACAUAUUCCACUCUAAUAAAUAUGAUCAUAUCAAUUUUUGUACAUACAUAUACGUGUGUAUUUAAUUUAUUAUAAAAAGUCAUUUAUUUGUGACAGACGAAUGGAUUACUUAUUUUGAUUUUGAAAAAAAAAUCUUGACUUUUAUUCAAAUUCUCAUACAGAGAGUCUAGUGUAUGUUCUUUGGCUUUUGAAUAGAAACGCAAGACAUGCAGCGAAUUUUCAACCAUUUUGUUUGAAGAUGGUUGAUGGAAAUCGUCUUCCAAAUCCUUCUCCACUAUCUCGACCUCGCAGUCAGCUUUGUCGUUGAAAUGUACCGAUUCGGAUUUGCAAGACUCAUGAUAUCUUCUUCGGUGGAAAACUUCAAAGUAACGAUUUCGUCAUCCACUUCUUUAAAAUCGUUAAAGAUGCUACCAUUGUCUAAGCUCCAAGCUUCUUAUUUCAUUUCUUCUUCACUUUCUCUCUUUCUUGCCGGAAAAUUGUCAAUGAAAUAAAUACAUUUUCUUCUCUCGUUUUCAAAGUAUCUGUUCAAUGUUAAUAGCCAUUCUUUUGUAUCCAGAGCUUUGAAUUUGCUUAGUAGUCAAAUCGCAACCACUUAUUACUUCGAAAGCAGCGUGGUUCAUUAUUUUUACCUAUUAGAAAUAAUCUUAUUUUUUAUGAUCCCUCCAUAUUUGUAAGAAACAUCAAUAUGACUCUUUGUUUACUAUACUUAUCCCUAUUGCACUUCUUUUGUAAAACGCCAAGUGCUUUAUAAGUUCUUAUUAAAUGGGGUAACACAUCACGUCUCCAUUUAGUACAAUCUCCAUCAUUCACAUCUCUGCUUUCUUCACAUGGGUUUUUGACAUAUGCGACAUUUAUAAAAGAAUGUUUAUCAUUAAUUUCAAUGAUAAAACUUUUUUUAUGUUAUUUAUCUUUGUUUCCAAUUAUCAUUCCAGUCUGUGUUUGGUUUAAUGUUUGUUUGUCCUAGUUUUUGACUGAAGUACAAUACUUCUUAUUUAAUCAGCCUUUCGGAUAUAGGCAAAUUCUGCACUUUAGCAGGUUUAAGCUGACUAACUACUUCUUCUUCAGAAUAAUAGACUCUGUUCUUGCCGAAAUACCGUACCUCACACCUACAUCUUUAUUUCAGAGCCACUGUACACUUCCUUUAUAAGCUUAUAUUCUGGUUAACAAAUGAAGUUUUGAUGACAUAGCAAGUAGCAAACCAAACAAAAAUGCCUUGGACGUCAAAAUCUUAUAAAUAGUAAAAGCGAAUGUACUGUAAUAGUGAUGACGUCACACACCGCCAUUGUUGGCGCAGGUCAGGGAUCACGUUCCAAACAAAGUUUUAACUGCGUUGACGAUCGUAUAUAUGUUUAGUGAUUUGUAAUUCGGAUUUGAUUUGAUAAAUUUUGAUAAAAAAUAACUUUAAAGAACGCACACUACCUCACACACUUUGUUUAGAAAGGGAACUUAACAAUAUGACGGCCGUGACGUCGCACUCCGGUUGUCUAUUGAAACAGAGCAGAGAAUAAACUGGUUGCGUAAAACUUUGUAAACAACAACUUAAUAAAUCUUAAUAAAGAGGUUCCUCCAAAAAAUUCGACUUAACUGAAGUUGGCGCCAAAUAUGAUUUUGAGUUAACAAGAUAUUCGAGUAAUAGAAGCGAGUAAAACAAAAUUACACAUAUUUCUCAUUUUUGCCGCUAUUGCCAACAAAUUUGUGCGACUUUUAUGCUGCUGCGAUCUAAGAAUGAUCGCAGAAAAGAAAAUAUUGAUAUAACUAUGUUGAGUUACUUGAAUAUGUACAUCUAUGUAUGUUAUAGAAAAACGAUUCCAUUUGACAUAAAAACUUGGUGGAUCCUAGAUAUAUAUUAUAAUAUUCUACAGAAAACCAAUUUUUUUGGAAGUAUUCUUACUAUAAUCUAACAGAAGAAAGAUAAACCAUCUAGAUAUGCCCUACGCUAGACCAAUGUAAUUGACAGAUUCCUCGAUAUCAGUAGAAAAAUAAAACCUUAAUGCCUCCACUCUGGGUUCACGCAAUUAAUGUACUUCCGUUGAAUUCAUUAUUCUACAGCCAAUAGAGCGCUACAAAAAUUAUAAGAUUUCCAUGACCUUUAGUUUCAAUACGUAUUGACUGUUCUUAAAUGUACUUCCCAAAUUAAAAACGUAUAUUUUAUUUAUACCUCCAUUGUGCUUUAAACCUACAUAUUUGCUUCAACAAUAACUAAAUAACGUGAUAAAUGAGUAAGAAAUAUAUGACCUAUUAAUAAAUGAGGCUUGUGAAUUAGUAAGUAUAGUUACUGAUUAAUGUGAUAGACUAUAUCUAUUUUGUUUGUGACACAAAUCAAUUAUAAAAAAUAAAUUUUAGAUUGUU